UAAAGUUGAUAUGGUGUGAAUGUGAAUAAACUGAAAAUGAGUUCUCAACUGUUGACAAAAUUGGUGUACGAAACGAAGAAAGAGAUUGGUGAUUACAGUGGCGAAAGAUGGUCGCAGAGAAAAGCUCGAGCGCAACAGAGACGACGAUAUGGUGCGAGAGAGAGAAAUAAACGACAAAUCGAAUCGUCGACGGACAGUCGGACGACGGAGAUGGCGUCGCGACGGCCGUACUCGCGCGUCUUCGCCGGUGAGAGCGAAUGGAGCGGGGCGACGGGGGGUCCUCCGGCCGAGGUGGUGCUACGUUUGCACCCCUCCACACCCCCCUCGGUGGGUCAUUCCAACCACUCCAACCUGUCCGUCGCUGAUGCCGAGACGAAGCUAACUAUGUGUCCGCCCCUAGACGUGUUACUCAGACUUCGAUCUACCCCCAAUACGACAAUAAUAUCCAACAUGACCUUACCAUUUGAUGGUAGCGGUGUGGUGGUGAGGGCAGAGGAGGCCCUCAUAGUGUCGUUCGUGCUGCUGCUGUGGGUCGCCGCCAUCGUCCUCUUCUUCAACCGCUGGGGCAAGAUCAGAAUGCUUGAGCCUUAUCAGCCGAAGUUCCAGCAGCAGCACCGGCAGAGCUGUGCCAUCACUGACAACGCUGUGUCUGUAGCGUCCCAUCAUCGUGCAUCUCUUUCCCGCGGCUGCGUCUCGUACGACUGCGGCGUCUCUUUCCCCGCCUACCAGCCGUGUGGGUACCUAUCUCAUCGACCGCGGCAGAACUCCGUGUUCGUAGGCAGCAUGGCGCUGAUACCAGAGAGCCCACCCAGGAGGUCUCGGUCUGCUGCUGAUCUACCAGCUCUGAGCACUCCAUCAGAGCACGGCCCGCAUACCUCCCGCUCCUCCAGGGCUGCGAGCCUUCACAGCGCUGUGGCCCUGGGCGUCUGCCCCUCCCCCCGACAGUCCAGAGCCGCAAGUCUACAUUCAUCCGUGGACACUCCCCCCACCUCAGUCCAGGUCCACGUGAGGGGAUCCAUGACGAACGUCAACAGACCGAAGAGCCCGAGGCGUUUGACUAUCACCAAUGUAUAGCGAUUAAAGCCUUAGAGACUUGAAGGACCAAUUUUAUUUUAAUAUGUAGAGGCGAUGAGAAAAGUAUUGCCAAUUCGGUCAUUGACGCCGCAAAAGAGAUGACACUACUUUAGCGUGUGAGAAAUUGAGACGGACGAUAGAGGUCAAUGCUCGAAUUGUAUUUUGUCGUCGCCUGUAGACGUUUUGAUGUGAAUUCUCAUUUCCAAUAUCAAUUAGUAUUGUUGUACUUAAUGUAGCUAAACUUGUUGAAACUAAAUUCGUCCAUUACCUACUCUUUCAAAUCAGUAGAAAAUCUUUUUUCCUUUCCAUCCAAUAUUUCUUCUUUCUUCUGCCUUUGCUAUACCAAGAUAAUAUAUUUUCUUCUAUAAAUUCUGAAAACAAUAUUUUAUUAUACCCAGAUUUGGAUGCAACAAUGACAAAAGUAUUGAAAUA